UUCAUGGCAACCCAAACACCAGCAGAAUCUUAGCUGGAUGCACCUCUCCCCCUUUCUGUGUCUCUCUCUUUCCUUCCCUUUUCUUCCUCUCUUUUCCCUCUUCUCAAUCUUUUCAACUCUUUCCCAUUUAACAUUUUCCUCCUUCCUUUUCUCUUACUUUCCCUGGAAAAUACACACUCAUUCUCUGCACUGAAAUCACCAGUUCACUUACACCCCACAAUGCCAACCUCUUCUUCCUUCUUCUUCAUCACAUUCUUCGUCUUAUCCUGUGCCCCUCGCCACUUAUCCUCCACCCCCAACCGUAGGAUCCUCCACCAACCUUUCUUUCCACUUGACACACUUCCUCCUUCUCAACCUCCUUCUACUUCCCCUCCUACUCCAUCAACGCCUCCUAAAAUCCCUUUUUCCACUACUACACCUAAUCAGUCCCCUUUUUUUCCUUCCUACCCUUCUGCUCCACCUCCUCCUGCUCCUGCUACAUUUGCUUCUUUCCCUGCUAAUAUCUCCUCUCUCAUUCUACCUCAGUCUUCUCAACCCAAACCCAAUUCCCAUAAACUCCUCGCUGUUGCAAUUUCGGCUGUCGUCUCUGCUAUUUUUAUCUUGGGUAUUUUCGUGUUUUACUAUGGCCGGCGCCGGCGACUCCGUGGAUUCUCUGAUGACAAGACUUAUAGAUCGGAUAACAGUAACAGACUGCACCCAGCUGAUGCGGACACUACUAACUCUACUCGUCACAAGCUAAGAACCACUUCGACUAGCUCUGAGUUUCUUUAUUUGGGUACUUUGGUUAAUUCGCAUACCAUAGAUGAAGGUUCUAAUGCUCAAGACAAUGCUAAUGUUGGGUCGGAUCCUCGGAAAUUGGAUUCGCCGGAGUUGCUCCCACUGCCACCGCUUAACAGGCAGAGUUCCAGGCUGAAUUUCGGGAAUGGAGAAGUGGGGUAUACUGCGGAUGAGGAAGAAGAGUUUUUCUCGCCGCGAGGGUCUCUGGGAGGUCGAGAGAGCUCGAGCGGGAUGGGAUCGGGGUCCAGAAGAGUGUUUGCGGCUGUCGGUGGUCAGGAUUUUGAUGCAGGAAGUACUGGCUCAAGCACGUAUUCGUCUUCUACUUCGGGCUCUCCUGCUCGGUCUCAAUCACUUAGUAGUUCUCCGCUAGUAAGGUUGAGUCCACGACCAAAAUCGCCGGAUGCUGCUGUUCUUCAGCCUGCUCCAGCACCUCCUGCCCCGCCUCCACCACCACUAAUGCCUCUUCAUAACGACCGGAAGUUUCCAUCACGGUUUCCGUCUGCUGCCUCGUCUCGAGAUGAAUCGCCGUGUGUAUCGUUUAAUUUGGACCGAAACACACAGUCUCCAUCAGCGUCCUCUGCUUCUUCAUCGCCCAACAGGAGUUUGGAGAAAAGCGCAGGUGCAUCACCGCGAAUAUUGAAUGAUUUGGAUCGAAAUGUGCGGUCUCCAUUGCUGUCGCCAGCAAAUGUAUUGAAUGUUUUGGAUCAAAAUAGGCAGUCCCCUUCACUAUCAUCUGUUUCUACAUCACCUGACAGAAGUUUGGAGAAAAGUCCGAAUGCUUCUCCUAGAAUAUCGAAUGAUUUGGAUCGAGAUGUGAGGUCCCCACAUCUGUCUUUUACUUCUACUUCGCCAGAUAAAAUUUUUGAGAGGGCCUCGUCUCCGAGAUUAUCGAAUGGUUUGGAUCGAAAUGCGCACUCGCCUUCAUUUUCUUCAACUUCGACUUCACCAGGCAGAGAUUUGGACAAGAACCCACUCGCAUAUCCCAGAAUUUCAAAUGUUUCGGAUCAAAGUAAGGGGUCUUCUUCACUGUCUUCAGCUUCUUCGUCGCCAGGUAGAGGUUUGGAAAAGAGCCCAGGUGCAUCACCAAGAAUGACUUCGAGUGUUUUUGGUCUAAAUGCGAGAACUAGCAGUGUUUUAGGCCAGCCUAUUUCAGUUCCACCUCCUCCUCCUCCUCCUCCUCCUCCUCCACCACCACCACCUCCACAACAACAACAAAGAUACGGGAACUCUCCAGUUGCGUCAACUCGGACAGGCCAACCAAUUACCAAACCGCCAGAGCUUAUAACGCCUUCAAUGCCUUUUGUAUUACAAAGAAUAUCUAUGGUGUCUCCAAUUGAAUUGCAACCUAGUUCUAAAACAAUUGAGGAUGUGGACGAGACUAUCAAGCCAAAGUUAAAACCUUUGCACUGGGAUAAAGUUAGAGCGAGCUCCGACCGAGAAAUGGUUUGGGAUCAGCUCAGGUCAAGCUCCUUUAAGUUGAACGAGGAGAUGAUGGAAACACUGUUUGUUGUAAACACUCCAAACCCAAAACCAAACCAGACAACUCCACGUUCUGUUAUUCCAUCACCAAACCAGGAGAAUAGGGUACUUGAUCCCAAAAAGGCGCAGAACAUAGCAAUUUUGCUCAGGGCACUCAAUGUGACAAUUGAGGAAGUUUGUGAAGCCCUUUUAGAAGGCAAUACAGAUACACUUGGAACUGAGCUUCUAGAAAGUUUAUUGAAGAUGGCUCCUACCAAAGAAGAAGAACGUAAGCUAAAGGAAUAUAAAGAUGAUUCACUAAACAAGCUUGGUCAUGCUGAGAAAUUCCUCAGGGCUGUGCUUGAUGUACCUUUUGCAUUUAAGAGAGUGAAUGCAAUGCUUUACAUAACCAAUUUUGAGUCUGAGGUUGAGUACCUCAAGAGGUCUUUUCAAACUCUAGAGGCAGCCUGUGAAGAACUGAGAAGUAGUAGGAUGUUCUUGAAACUUCUAGAAGCUGUGCUCAAGACAGGGAACCGCAUGAAUGUUGGGACUAACCGUGGUGAUGCCCAUGCCUUCAAGCUUGACACACUUCUCAAGCUUGUUGAUGUCAAGGGUGCAGAUGGAAAGACCACACUCUUGCAUUUUGUUGUACAGGAAAUUAUAAGAACUGAAGGUGCUCGUCUUUCAGGUAUCAACCAAACUCCAAACUUCAUCUCAAGUGAAGAUGCUAAGUGUAGAAAGCUUGGCCUGCAAGUUGUUUCUGGUCUAAGCUCAGAGUUCGCUAAUGUGAAGAAAGCAGCUGCUAUGGAUUCUGAUGUACUUAGCAGUGAUGUUGCCAAACUUUCCAAGGGCAUUGAGAACAUCAAUGAUGUUGUGCAAUUAAAUGAAACAAUGGGGGUGGAUGAAACCAGACAGAAAUUUUCAGAUGCAAUGAAAAGAUUCAUGAAAAUGGCGGAGGAGGAGAUCUGUAGGAUUCAAGCCCAUGAAAGUGUUGCCUUGUCUUUAGUGAAAGAGAUUACAGAGUACUUCCAUGGGAAUUCAGCUAAGGAAGAAGCUCACCCUUUCAGAAUCUUCAUGGUGGUGAGGGAUUUUCUGAGUGUCCUUGAUCGGGUAUGCAAAGAAGUUGGUAUGAUAAAUGAGCGAACGAUAGUUAGUUCUGCCCAUAAGUUUCCAGUUCCUGUAAAUCCAACUCUGCCACAGGUAUUUUCUGGACCCAACGCUAGGAAGCAAUGCAGUUCCUCUGACGAUGAGAGUGCAUCUUCUUAGCAUUUAUGGCCUGCACGAGGUUGAAUUUUUGUUGCAUUCCAGAAACUGCCUAAGGCUGGUGUUUGGGGUUGGCUGGGUUUGGUGCAGGCCCGCCUGCCAGAUUCCUGUAAUUUAUUAUUUUUUGUCCAAUAUUUGUAUAAAGUUUUGAGUUUGCUUGUCUUAUAAAUAGUAUACGGAGAUCUUCCUUGAGAAGAAUAAGGCAGAAGUGCUCGAUCUGGUGGGUGGGUAAUGACCUGUUAUAGGAACGUUGUUUAGUUAUAGAAUUAAAGCUGUGAUUAUAGCAGACAAAAAAAAGGCUCGACUACUGGAUUUUCCUUUUAUAUAGAAGAAUUUGUGCUA